CUCUCUCUCUCUGCUUCAAAGGCGUUUCUCCCUGAAUUCUCUCUCUAAAAUCCUCUGUCUCUGUCUUUUCUCUGCACUUAUUAUUAUAUACAAUUAUAAUUAAUUAUUAUAACAUAUUAUAUAUAUAUACAUAUUUAUAUAUAGGCCAGUGCAUUUCCAAUCUCGGUGGUUCUGCGAUUUCUUUCUCUGUAGAUUGAAUUUGGAUCUGUAGAUCCGAAUCAGAAGAAGAAGAAGAAGAAGAAGAAGAAGAAGAAGCAGCAAUGGAUAAUGGAGAGAAAGAGGGCUCGGACGACAAUGAAUUCUCACCAUCUCGAGUUCAGGUCGGAGGUCGCAAGUACAGGCCAGUUGUUGCUCACGACAACGAUCGCGCUGUCCUCGAGAUGUCUUCUCUCGAUCCUGGAUCUGCCUCCUCUUCUCCUUUCCCCAAUCGCGAUAAGAAAAUAAAAGUGAGCACGAGUUCUGAUGUGAGAGAAGGGUCAUUGCCAAUUCAUGCAGGAGCUAAUGGCCCUCAAAGGGAAUCUAAAUUGGAAUUGUUUGGUUUUGAUUCUCUUGUGAAUAUUUUGGGUCUUAAGAGUAUGACAGGGGAGCAGAUUCCAGCACCUUCUAGUCCUAGAGAUGGUGAGGAUGCUUCUACAACUCUUGAGCAUCCAAAGACUACGGGCCUCAAACUAGGGACGAUGAUGGGAGUGUUUGUUCCAUGCUUGCAAAACAUUUUGGGAAUCAUCUACUAUAUUCGAUUUACCUGGAUUGUUGGUAUGGGUGGAAUCGGUGAAUCAUUAUUGCUAGUUGCCUUCUGUGGCUUAUGUACUUUCCUGACUUCAAUUUCCUUGAGUGCCAUUGCAACUAAUGGUGCAAUGAAGGGUGGGGGACCUUACUAUCUCAUUGGUCGAGCUUUGGGUCCAGAAGUUGGAGUCAGCAUUGGGUUAUGUUUUUUUCUAGGGAAUGCAGUCGCUGGAGCUCUUUAUGUGUUGGGAGCUGUAGAGACUUUUCUAAAAGCUGUGCCGGCUGCUGGGAUUUUCAGAGAAACUGUCACAAAAGUCAAUGGCACAUCAGUAGAGCCUAUUUCAAGUCCAAGUCUACAUGACCUGCAAAUUUACGGGAUUAUUGUGACCAUCAUUCUAUGUUUUAUUGUGUUCGGUGGUGUAAAAAUGAUCAAUCGGGUUGCACCUGCUUUUCUUAUCCCCGUUUUACUCUCAAUUUUCUGUAUAUUUGUUGGGAUUGCUGCGGCAAGGAAGGAUCAUCCAACAACUGGAGUCACGGGUUUGAGUUUGCAAACGUUCAAAAACAACUGGAGUCCAGAGUAUCAGACUACGAACGAAGCUGGAAUACCUGAUCCUGAAGGAAAAUCAGACUGGAGUUUCAAUGCACUGGUCGGUCUCUUUUUCCCUGCUGUGACGGGAAUUAUGGCAGGUUCAAAUCGGUCUUCCUCUCUAAAAGACACUCAGCGUUCUAUCCCCAUUGGAACACUCGCUGCAACUGUCACAACAACUGGUUUAUAUUUUAUUUCUGUGUUGUUAUUUGGAGCUCUUGCAACCAGAGAGAAGCUUUUGACUGACAGGCUACUGACAGCUACGGUUGCUUGGCCAUUCCCGGCAAUCAUUUACAUUGGAAUUAUUCUUUCAACUUUGGGCGCAGCACUUCAGAGCUUGACAGGUGCCCCGCGUCUGCUUGCAGCAAUAGCCAAUGAUGACAUCCUACCUGUUCUUAACUACUUCAAGGUUCCAGAUGGGAUUGAGCCUUAUGUUGCUACCCUCUUUACUGCUUUCAUAUGUAUUGGAUGUGUCAUAAUUGGGAAUCUGGAUCUUAUCACACCGACCGUUACUAUGUUUUUCCUCCUAUGUUAUACGGGUGUGAACUUGUCUUGCUUCCUUCUGGAUCUUUUAGAUGCUCCCAGCUGGCGUCCCCGGUGGAAAUUUCACCACUGGAGCCUCUCUCUUCUUGGAGCCUCACUUUGUAUAGUGAUUAUGUUCUUGAUUUCUUGGUCAUUCACUGUGGUCUCUCUAGCUCUCGCCAGUCUCAUAUAUUAUUAUGUGAGCCUUAAGGGAAAAGCUGGGGACUGGGGUGAUGGCUUCAAGAGUGCAUAUUUUCAACUAGCACUCCGUAGUCUUCGAUCUUUAGGAGCAAACCAGGUCCACCCAAAAAACUGGUACCCCAUUCCCCUCGUAUUCUGCCGGCCAUGGGGCAAGCUACCCGAGAACGUACCCUGCCAUCCCAAACUCGCUGACUUUGCCAACUGCAUGAAGAAAAAGGGCCGUGGAAUGUCCAUCUUCGUAUCUAUAUUAGACGGAGACUACCAUGAAUGUGCUGAAGAUGCCAAGGCUGCUUGCAAGCAGCUUAGUACCUACAUUGACUACAAAAGGUGUGAAGGCGUAGCCGAGAUCGUUGUAGCCCCCAGUAUGUCCCACGGCUUCCGCGGCAUCGUCCAAACCAUGGGUCUCGGGAAUCUCAAGCCCAAUAUCGUCGUGAUGCGGUACCCUGAAAUAUGGCGUCGUGAAAACCUAACUGAAAUCCCGGCCACAUUUGUAGGGAUAAUCAACGACUGCAUUGUUGCAAACAAGGCGGUUGUUAUUGUCAAGGGCCUCGAUGAGUGGCCUAAUGAGUAUCAGAGGCAAUAUGGCACGAUUGAUUUGUAUUGGAUUGUAAGGGAUGGAGGUCUCAUGCUCCUGCUCUCCCAACUUCUCCUCACUAAGGAGAGUUUUGAGAGCUGUAAAAUUCAGGUCUUCUGCAUUGCUGAGGAGGACUCUGACGCAGAGGGGCUCAAAGCUGACGUCAAAAAGUUCCUAUACGAUCUUAGAAUGCAAGCCGAAGUAAUUGUCGUGACGAUGAAAUCAUGGGACGUCCAAGUGGAAGGGGGGUCCCAACAAGAUGAAUCCGUGGAGGCUUUCACCAGUGCUCAGAAGCGGAUUGCGAGUUACUUGACGGAUAUGAAGGAGAAUGCUCAGAGAGAAGGGACACCACUCAUGGCUGAUGGAAAGCCCGUGUUCGUCAACGAGCAACAAGUAGAGAAAUUUCUCUACACCACGUUGAAAUUGAAUUCAACGAUAUUAAGGUACUCGAGAAUGGCGGCUGUCGUGCUUGUCAGUCUGCCGCCGCCCCCUGUCAACCACCCAGCAUACUUUUACAUGGAGUACAUGGAUCUGUUGGUCGAAAACGUGCCUAGGCUUUUGAUGGUACGAGGAUAUCGUAGGGAUGUUGUUACUUUGUUCACAUAGUUGCUUGAGAAGCGGAUAAUCGGAGGUAAUUGUCUAAUCUCUCUUAUACUUUUCUUGUUCAUAUCUCUUCUUUUUAAUGUUUGUACGUUAUAUUUAGAUUCAUUCUUUUCACAACUACCUUGUUAUAGUGAAAUUUUAUGUCCCGGUUGAAAUUUUGGAAAUUAGCUGGUCAUUUUGGAUCAUAAACUUGUGAAUUAAAACCUUCCAUAUUGCUAGAUUGAUUGAAAUUUCUGUUCAUUGAAGUUUUGUUUUUGCUGGUAACAGUUUCUCCUUGAGAAUUAAUCUAGAUGGACUAAAUUACUGUUUUUUUUGUAGAGCUGGAUUGUGUUA